CAUUGAACCUGAUACAACAGAAGGUUCAACCUCUAAACCUGACACUACAGAAGGCUUAGUAACCACUGAACUUGACACUACAGAAUUUGAAGGCUUAGUAACCAAUGAUCUUGAUACCACAGAAUCGUUAGAAAUCUUAGCUGCAACUGAUCAUGAACUUGACACAACUGAAGGUUUAGCUACCACGGAACUUGACACAACAGAAAUUUCAACAAACACUGAAUCUGACAAUACAAAAGGCUUAGUAACCACUGAACUUGACACCACAGCUACAACUGAGCUUGACACUACAACUAGUAUUAAAACUACCACUAGUUCUAGUGCGAAUACAUCAAAGAGCUGCUCCAACGGUUGUAUCAAUGGCCAACUUAGAUGCACUGGUGUGAACAGACUGUUCCAACUGCAGUUUACAUUAUUUGGCCUAAUAUGGAAUGAUCAACUUAACAAUAUCGAUUCUGACAGAUAUAAGAAAAUGGCACGAGAUUCACUCUGCUCGAUACAGCGAGGUUUCGACAAAGGAAGUAGUGUUGCAAACACGUUAAAAUUUGGACUGAUAUUGAGCAAUUUCCUACCAGGAUCCAUUGUCGUUAAUAUGACAGUACAGGUGUUCCCUGCGAACAUAACACUUGGCAUGAGAGACUUUAACGUAAUUGUAAAUGAUUUGGUUCAUGGAUUUGAUGUAAAAGCCGCACGUAGUGGUAUUGAGAAUCUCCCCUUCACUCCAGGGUGUAUCAAAUAUGCGGAUGAUUAUAACGAAUGCGCCAAUGAUGUGAUAGAGGAUGUACUGAGAUGUGAUGAAGAUGCUUCGUGUAUUAACACAAUGGGAUCUUUUGAAUGUGUAUGUCCGGAUGAUAUGCUUGAUAUAAGCCCUGAUCCGCAGUACCCGGGUAGAAAAUGUGUAAAACGCAACGAAGGCAUCAUCGUAGCAGUGUGUAUCAUCGUGUUGGUUAUGAUCAUCGGCACCAUCGCUUUUCCAAUCUGCAUUGCCAAGAAACGACGAAAGCAAAAUGAAGUUAUCAAAUUGGAGGCAGAACAUUUUGGCGAUUACAUUAAUAUUGUUAAAUCACAUAGAAUGCCUUCUGGAGUCCCUCUUGCCUAUAGUGAGACUGCACUCAGGGGAGGAUCCCAAUCUGGGCGUCAAGGACCUAAUCGGGAUGUUAAGAUGAUGAUAUAAAGGAUAAUCUUGUCACCUGGUAUAUGUAUUAAUAUAUAACAUUUCUCGGGUAUUGACGUCCAUUCUAGACUUGAUUGAUCAAGCAAUAAACGUUGACAAAUGUAAACGUUAAGAGACAAAUAAUUGAGAAAUGUUUCAAAAGAAUUUCAAUUAAGGUUGACUUCUACAUCAAUGGGCAAAAGUCACAUUGCCUUUUCAAAGAAUAGAUAACAAAAAAUGCGUCCCUUAAAAUCUUAUUUUAAACGUAUAUAUGUGUACAUUCAUUAAAGAUCUUAAAGAUUUAGAUACAGAAAUGUCAAAACAAAUGGGAGUGCCCGCUUUUCAAAAGUAGUGCAAAUAAUCCUCAAACAGUCCAUUUGUUAGAAUAUAUGUAAAAAAAGCUGUCUAUCGCUCCAGUCAAGUGAGAAGUGAUCCUCAAUUAUAAG